AUGGCAUUAAAACGGUUCUUUUCAUUGGAAAAACGAUUUAAGAAGAAUCCAGCACUAAAGCAAGAGUAUGUGAACUUUAUGCGAGAGUAUAUCAAGCUGGGUCACAUGAAGGAAGUUAAUGAGAAACCAAAGACAAAGGUAUAUUAUUUGCCGAAUUAUGCAGUUAUUAAAGAAGACAGCACGACAACAACACUUCGAGUGGUGUUUGAUGCGUCCGCAAAAACGACAUCAGGACAAUCACUGAACAGUAUUAUGAUGACAGGUCCUACAUUACAAAAGGAUUUAUUCAUUCUAUUAUUGCAGUGGAGAAUGUUUAAAAUAGUUUUUACGGCUGACAUUGAAAAAAUGUAUCGGCAAAUACUGAUUCAUCAUGAUGAUAGAGAUCUUCAACGAAUUUUAUGGAGAAACGAUCAGAAAAAACCAAUAAAAGAAUACAAAUUGAACACGAUUACAUAUGGUACUGUAUCAGCACCAUAUCUUGCCAUCAAGACGUUGUUUAAGCUAGCAGAAGACGAGAGAAUUAAUUAUCCUUUGGCAAGUGAAACCUUAAAUGAAAAAUUUUAUGUAGACGAUUGUUUGGGAGGCGCUAAUACGAUUAAAGAGUGUAAACAAGUACAAGAAGAAUUAAUCCAAUUAUUGCGGAAGGGAGGUUUUAAUUUAAGAAAAUGGGCAUCAAACGAACCCGAAAUGUUGACGAAUAUCCAGAUAAAAGACAUUGAACCAGGGUUAGAGAUGCAAUUUAACAACGACCAAGCAAUUAAAAUUUUAGGAAUAAAAUGGUGUCCUAAAUUGGAUCAGUUUGAAUUUAAAAUAAAUACCACGUCAUUCAGCUCAAAAUACACAAAAAGAGCAAUUUUAAGUGAUGCUGGAAAACUAUUCGAUCCAUUUGGUUGGUUGUCACCUGUAACCAUUAAAGCAAAAAUUAUGAUACAAAAAUUGUGGAUGCUAGGAAUUAGUUGGGAUACAAAGAUCCCACCCAAUCUACAGACACAAUGGGAAGAAUUUAAAUUGAGAUUACCUGCAGUUCAGAAAAUAACCAUGAAAAGAUGGACACCACAUUCAGAGAAUAGUUUAAUCGAGUUACAUGGUUUUGCAGAUGCGUCAGAAGCAGGAUAUGCUGCAGUUGUAUAUACAAAGGUUAUAAAUGCAGAAAAGGUUACAAUAUCCCUAGUAGCAUCAAAAACCAAAGUUGCGCCUAUUAAGCAGGUAUUAUUAGCCCGAUUGGAGUUAUGCGCAGCUGUGUUAUUGAUAAAGUUGAUUAAUUACAUUCAGAAGAAUAAAAAGAUUACCUAUAGUAAAGUUAUUGCAUGGUCAGAUUCAAAAAUUGUAUUAAAUUGGCUAAGGCAAUACCCAAAUAGAUGGACUACGUUUGUAGCAAACAGAGUAUCGUAUGUUCAGGAUACGUUUAAAGGGCAAUUUAGAUUUGUUCCAGGAAAAGAUAAUCCAGCAGAUAUUCCAUCAAGGGGAGUAUAUGGUGACAAUCUUAUUUCAAAUACAUUAUGGUGGCAUGGUCCAAAUUGGCUAAUAAAAGAUGAAUGA